AUGGCUCCUCUCAAGUUCCAAGGAUGGUUAGGCAAGACGCCCGAGGCUGCCAAGGGACAGAUGGAAUGGGGCGAGUUUGAGCCGAAGAAGUGGACUGAGGACGAUGUCGAUAUUGAGAUCAGCCACUGCGGCAUCUGCGGAUCCGACCUUCACACACUCAGCUCCGGCUGGGGACCUACACCAUACCCAUGCUGCGUCGGCCAUGAAAUCGUGGGCAAGGCCGUCAAGGUUGGUAAAAACGUGAAGCACAUCAAGGAGGGCGACCGCGUCGGUGUCGGCGCGCAAGCCCGCAGCUGUCUGGAGGCUGACUGCCCCGACUGCUCUACCGGCCUUGAGACCCACUGCGCCCGCGAAAACGUCAACACCUACGGCAGCGUCUACCCCGGCGACGAGGGCAAGUCGUACGGCGGCUACGCCGACUACAACCGUACCAACGGCCACUUUGUCAUCCCCAUUCCCGACGGUCUCAGCUCCGCAGACGCCGCACCUAUGCUGUGCGGUGGUGUCACCGUCUACUCGCCUCUGCGCCAGAACGGCUGCGGACCGGGCAAGACGGUCGGUGUUGUUGGUGUGGGUGGACUGGGUCACUUCGCUGUGCUGUUCGCUAAGGCGCUCGGCGCCGACAGAGUCGUUGGUAUCUCCCGCAAGGCGGAGAAGCGCGAGGACGUGCUUAAGCUCGGUGCAGAUCAGUACAUUGCUACUGAGGAAGACUCCAAGUGGGCUGCUUCCAACACAAGGACUCUCGACCUUAUCAUCUGCACUGUCUCCAGUGCCAAGAUGCCCAUGGCUGAGUACCUGUCCUUGUUGAAGCCCAAGGGCACAUUUAUCCAGGUUGGUGCCCCUGAUGGUGGUCUUCUCCCGGCCAUCAACGCCUUCAUUCUGAUCGGAAACGGUAUCAAGGUCGGUGGUAGCUUCAUCGGUACCCCACAGGAGAUCCAGGAGAUGCUUCAACUCGCCGUCGACAAGAACGUCAGGCCGUGGAUCCAGGAGCGUCCUAUGCAGGAUGCCAAUAAGGCCAUUGUUGAUAUGGAGGAGGGUAAGGCCCGCUACAGAUACGUCCUCGUCAACGAGAACUACGGCAAGCAUUGA